AUGGCGAAAGAUUUGCCUCAGCAGACAGCAGGACGCCGAGGCGAAUCUCGGGGGACAGCGUUAUCCCGUGCCGCAGAAUAUGGACAUGAGGCGAUGGUGAAGCUGUUGAUUGAAACUGGGCAGGUAGAUUUGGAGUCAAGGGACGAUUUCAGCUACACACCAUUCGCCCACGCCGCAAAGGGUGGGCAUGAGGCGGUGGUGAAACUGUUACUUGAAACUGGGCAGGUCGAUUUGGAGUCAAGGGACGAUUUCAACUGCACACCAUUCGACCACGCUGCAAGUGGUGGGCAUGAGGCGGUGGUGAAACUGUUACUUGAAACUGGGCAGGUCGAUUUGGAGUCAAGGGACAACUUCGAUUCCACACCACUAUCCGGUGCCGCAGGAGGUGGACAUGAGGCGGUGGUGAAACUGCUACUUGACACUGGGAGGGUGGAUCUAGAGUCAAGGGACGAGCAAGGUUACACACCAUUCAUCCGCGCUGCAGGAAGUGGGAAUGAGGCUGUCGUGAAACUAUUACUCAAGACUGGACAGGUGGAUGUGAACGUGACUAGCUACUACGGAUACACGCCAUUGACUGAGGCUGCAGAGAAUGGAAACGAGGCGGUGGUGAAGCUCUUGCUUGAGACGGGCCAGGUGAAUGUAAACAAAAAAAGUUUGAGCGGGACAGCAUUAUCCCUUGCCCUAAAGUCGGGGCAUGAGGCGAUAGCGAAGCUGAUACUUGAAACUGGGCAGGUAGAUUAUGACGAACACGGUGGCUAG